AUGCGCACGACAGCCCGACCAGCUCGGCGUGGUGACGCCAGCGCGGCUCGAGGACGGGGCGGGGCCAGGGCGGACCUCCGCGCUCCUCCCGGGCUUUCUUCCGCGGGCCGGCCCCCGCCCCGCCUCAGCAUCUGGUUCAGCCGACCUAGUGUGUUAAUUGUAACCUACAAGGAAUCCGCAAAAUCAUCUUCUCAGUUCGGAUCCUACAAGCAGGCUGAAUGGAGACCAGACAGUACUAUGAUAGCUGUGUCAACAGCAAAUGGCUACAUCUUGUUUUUUCAUAUUACAUCUACAAGAGGAGACAAGUAUAUUUAUGAGCCAGUGUAUCCCAAAGGAAGUCCACAAAUGAAGGGGAUACCUCAUUUUAAGGAAGAACAGUGUGCUCCAGCAUUAAAUUUAGAGAUGAAGAAAAUACUGGAUUUGCAAGCACCCAUCAUGAGUUUGCAGUCUGUCCUGGAAGAUCUCCUCGUUGCUACCUCUGAUGGACUUCUUCAUCUUAUUCACUGGGAAGGAAUGACAAAUGGAAGGAAAGCCAUUAAUCUUUGUACAGUGCCCUUUUCAGUAGAUCUGCAAUCAUCUAGAGGUUCAUUCCUGGGCUUUACAGAUGUACACAUCAGAGACAUGGAAUAUUGUGCCACACUUGAUGGCUUUGCUGUUGUAUUUAAUGAUGGUAAAGUUGGAUUUAUCACACCAGUAUCAAGUAGAUUUACUGCAGAGCAGCUUCAUGGAGUUUGGCCACAAGAUGUUAUUGAUGGAACAUGUGUUGCAGUAAACAACAAGUAUCGACUAAUGGCAUUUGGUUGUGCAAGUGGUUCUGUGCAAGUGUAUACUAUAGACAACACCACUGGAGCCAUGCUGCUAUCUCAUAAAUUAGAGCUAACAGCAAAACAGUAUCCUGACAUAUGGAACAAAACAGGAGCUGUUAAACUGAUCAAAUGGUCUCCUGACAAUAGUGUUGUAAUAGUGACUUGGGAAUAUGGAGGCCUUUCUUUAUGGAGCGUUUUUGGAGCCCAGCUGAUUUGUACACUUGGAGGAGAUUUUGCUUAUAGAUCCGAUGGUACCAAAAAAGAUCCUCUUAAAAUCAACUCUAUGAGCUGGGGUGCAGAAGGCUAUCAUCUUUGGGUCAUCAGUGGAUUUGGCUCUCAAAACUCUGAAAUUGAGUCUGACCUCAGGAACAUAGUUAAACAGCCCAACAUUCUCCUAUUUCAGUUUAUCAAAAGUGUGCUCACUGUAAAUCCUUGCAUGAGUAAUCAAGAACAGGUGUUGCUUCAGGGGGAGGAUCGCUUGUAUCUGAAUUGUGGAGAAGCCUCACAAACCCAGAAUCCCAGGAAUUCUUCAGCACACUCUGAGCAUAAGCUAAGUCGGGAAAAGAGCCUAUUUGCAGAUGGAGGAUUAGAAUCUCAGGGUUUAAGCACUUUACUUGGACAUCGGCAUUGGCAUGUUGUACAAAUUUCCAGCACCUAUCUAGAGAGCAAUUGGCCUAUACGGUUUUCAGCUAUUGAUAAGCUUGGACAGAAUAUUGCUGUGGUUGGCAAGUUUGGUUUUGCACAUUACUCUUUACUCACCAAAAAAUGGAAGCUUUUUGGAAACAUUACCCAGGAGCAAAAUAUGAUUGUGACAGGUGGCUUAGCCUGGUGGAAUGAUUUUAUUGUCCUUGCAUGUUAUAACAUAAGUGACCGUCAAGAAGAGCUCAGAGUAUACUUACGAACUUCAAAUCUGGACAAUGCCUUCGCUCAUGUCACCAAAGCACAAACAGAAACAUUAUUGCUUAGUGUCUUCCGGGAUAUGGUAAUAGUAUUUAGAGCAGACUGUUCAAUAUGCCUUUACAGUAUUGAAAGAAAAUCUGAUGGUUUAAAUACUAUAGCUGGCAUUCAAGUUCUUCAGGAGGUCUCCAUGUCACGCUACAUUCCUCACCCUUUCCUGGUAGUAUCUGUUACUCUGACAUCAGUGAGUACAGAAAAUGGAAUCACCCUGAAAAUGCCACAACAGGUUCGUGAUGCAGAGAGCAUUAUGCUAAACCUUGCAGGACAGCUCAUCAUGAUGCAGAGGGACAGGUCAGGCCCUCAAAUCCGAGAGAAGGACAGUAACCCUAACCAAAGGAAACUUCUGCCAUUCUGUCCUCCUGUUGUAUUAGCCCAGUCUGUUGAAAAUGUUUGGACUACGUGUCGAGCAAAUAAACAAAAACGUCACCUUCUGGAGGCUCUCUGGCUGAGCUGUGGUGGUGCGGGAAUGAAAGUUUGGCUCCCUCUCUUCCCUAGGGAUCAUCGCAAGCCCCAUUCCUUCUUGUCCCAGCGGAUCAUGCUGCCUUUUCACAUCAAUAUUUAUCCCCUGGCUGUUCUCUUCGAAGAUGCAUUAGUCCUUGGUGCUGUCAAUGACACUUUACUGUAUGAUUCUUUGUAUACUCGGAACAGUGCUAGAGAACAGCUGGAGGUGCUCUUCCCUUUCUGUGUUGUGGAGAGAACCUCUCAGAUCUACCUCCACCACAUUCUGCGUCAGCUUCUGGUCAGGAACCUUGGGGAACAAGCCUUGCUCUUGGCCCAGUCCUGUGCCACAUUACCUUACUUUCCUCACGUGCUGGAGCUCAUGCUCCACGAAGUACUAGAAGAAGAAGCUACCUCACGGGAGCCAAUUCCCGAUCCUCUGCUUCCCACUGUGGCAAAAUUUAUCACCGAGUUCCCCCUCUUCCUGCAGACAGUUGUCCAUUGUGCUAGGAAGACUGAAUAUGCCCUGUGGAAUUACCUUUUUGCAGCUGUUGGCAACCCCAAGGACUUAUUUGAGGAAUGUUUGAUGGCUCAGGAUUUGGACACAGCUGCCUCCUAUCUUAUUAUCUUACAGAACAUGGAAGUUCCAGCAGUCAGUAGGCAACAUGCCACCCUUUUGUUCAACACAGCACUGGAACAAGGCAAAUGGGACCUUUGUCGACACAUGAUUCGAUUUCUUAAAGCCAUUGGCUCUGGAGAAUCUGAGACACCUCCAUCCACACCUACAGCUCAGGAACCCAGUUCAAGUGGUGGUUUUGAGUUCUUCAGGAAUCGAAGCAUCAGUUUAUCCCAGUCAGCUGAAAGUGUUCCUCCUAGUAAAUUCAACUUACAGAAAACACUAAGUAUGCCAUCUGGUCCUUCUGGAAAAAGAUGGAGCAAAGAUAGUGACUGCGCUGAGAACAUGUAUAUUGACAUGAUGCUCUGGAGACAUGCUCGGCGCCUUUUAGAAGAUGUUCGGUUAAAGGACCUCGGCUGCUUUGCAGCCCAGCUGGGCUUUGAACUAAUUAGUUGGCUGUGCAAGGAACGCACCCGAGCUGCCCGGGUAGACAACUUUGUGAUAGCUCUGAAGAGACUCCACAAAGAUUUUCUGUGGCCACUUCCCAUUAUCCCAGCCUCUUCUAUCAGUUCUCCUUUCAAAAAUGGAAAAUACCGAACAGUGGGAGAGCAACUGUUAAAGUCACAGUCAGCUGACCCUUUUUUAAACCUCGAGAUGGAUGUUGGCAUCUCUAAUCUCCAACGAAGUCGGAGCUGGCUCAGCAACAUUGGCCCCACCCAUCAAGAUAUAGACACAACUUCAUCCCAUGGUCCACAAAUGCAAGAUGCCUUCUUGUCACCUUUAUCUAAUAAAGGUGAUGAAUGUAGUAUUGGUUCAGCCACAGACCUGACUGAAAGUAGCUCCAUGGUGGAUGGGGACUGGACCAUGGUGGAUGAAAAUUUCUCCACACUCAGUUUAACUCAGUCAGAACUCGAGCACAUCUCCAUGGAGUUGGCAAGUAAAGGGCCUCACAAAUCCCAGGUCCAGCUUCGGUAUCUGCUACACAUUUUCAUGGAGGCAGGAUGUUUGGACUGGUGCAUUGUAAUAGGCCUGAUUCUUAGAGAAUCCUCAAUAAUCAAUCAAAUUCUGGUUAUUGCACAGUCUUCAGAGGUAGAUGGAGAGAUGUUACAGAACAUAAAGACAGGGCUACAUGCAGUGGACCGAUGGGCCUCUACAGAUUGUCCUGGAUAUAAGCCAUUUUUAAACAUCAUCAAGCCACAACUGCAGAAGCUCAGUGAGAUAACAGAAGAGCAGGUCAAGCCUGAUGCCUUCCAGCCGGUAACUGUGGGUAAGGCUCCUGAACAGACUGGUACCCGGGCAGAGGAAAGCAGGAGCUCUUCCAGCCACGGCAGCAUCCCCCAGGGUGAGGUUGGGAGUAGCAGUAUGGUUAGUCGGAAAGAAGAGGACACAGCCCGAACAGAGGAAGAAGAACCCUUUCAGGAUGGGACCUAUGACUGUUCUGUGUCCUAACAAUGAGGUGCCAUCAUCAUGGGCAGUAUUAAUUAGCAGCAUGUAGCUGAGGACACUGUGACCUAGUUGGAUGGUUUCACAGGGAGAGGACUCAGCUCUGAGACUAUUUGGUAAAGUAUUAUUAUUAAAUUUUAACUAACUCUUCUAAGACAUAUCUUUGACUCCAUAAAAAUGUGGUAUCAAAUAAAGCAUCUUUCAUAAAAACCCUUUUAAGCUGCAGUGAAAAGUAAUAAAAGAUAUUAAUAAUAUUGUAUAGAUGUACAUGAGAACAUGUUGGUUAUAUUCAAAGGUUGGUAGCUCUAACAUAAGGAUUACUUUGCCCCAGUAAGCUUUUUCACUACUUAUAGCUUUUUACCUGUUUUCUGGUUCAGCGUAUGUCCAGACUGCUUUUUAAAAAAUUAAUGUGACGGUGCUUGCUCUAGUUUAUCAGGUACUUGAGCUACCUGUUUGCUCCCUUGGAUAAAAGCUCUUGGGACACUUGAGCUUCCUGAAUAGAUGCCUGUCCUGGCACAGUGUGUGCCAGUGUGGUAAAGAUGUUCUCCUUGGCUUUCCUGGCCUAUUAAAUCCCAGCCUUGCAUUGAUGGAAGCCAUUACCUAUGAGCUGAUGUGCCCGUUUUAGAAAGCUUGAUUUUAUUGGAUCACUGUGGGCAGAGGUCUUGAGGGGUCCUUAUCAAUUACGCUAUUAGAUACCACUAAAUAUUUUGUAUCAAAGAACUAUAUCUUUUUGUGAAUACUGUUGUGUAAAUAUACUCAAAGACAUUCUUCAUAUUUUUAAGGCUUGUAUUAUAAUUUGUAAGGUUUUAUGCUGAAUUCUGCAUGACUAUAGAUACUCACUCUUGGGAUAAAGACAGGGCUGGCUCUUUUCAGAAAUCAGUCUUCAUCUAGGAGACAGGUUUAUUGGCUCAGUGAUAAAGUAUCUGAAAUGGUCAUAUGGAUCAUGAAAUGGAACAGGUUUUGUGCAAAUUAAUGUAGUUUCUUAUUUAUUGCUUUUGUAAAUUGGAUAAAAUGGACUUUAUGUAAAUAGAUUGCUGAAUCCUAUAUGAUCACGGCUACUAAAAAUUAGUAUGUAAAAAAUGCAUUCUUCAUUGUAAACUUUUAAAACAUUUUGUGUAUUUCUAGAUAUGACGUAAAUUUUAGUUUUCAUACAUUAUGAAAACAGAACUCCAUAUUCCUUAAUUGCUUUAGACUAAACACAUAUUGACUAUGUAAUUCUAAUUACCUUAUAACAGUAUUACUUUAGAUAGCUUGUUUGUACUGUGCAAUUUGAACAAGGAAUGCAAUGUUAUUUUUUACAAAACAAACUUAUUUUUAUAAUAACAAUGUAUUUGAUGUGGACCAAAUCUGUACCACUAUGUUAAACAGCCUUUCUUCAUAGUGCAAUUAUAGUUUGGAAACUAAACUUGGUCCUCAAUCCUUGCUUUUUAGAGUAAAAUGGCUAGACUAGUUGUCUCAGCCAGGUUUCCUUUCAAGGGAAACUCAAAACAAUUUUUAAAUUAUCUAGUUCAAAAUUCAUCAGACUAUUUAAAAUGAUUGAGUUUGGCAAUUUACUGUCAUUUUCUUUUUACCUAACAAGUGCAAUAAUUUCACAUAAUAAAACUCCUGGAUGGGUGGAAUAUGUGAUUACUGGUACCUGGUCCUUCUGGUGCUACAUUUAUUUCAGUCUGUUUCAAACCAAACCACCUUUCCCUAAAUCUUAACAAUAGAAAAUGGUGUUUUCCACGUGAGUACAUGCAGCUCAGCAAGAAACUAAUCCGAAAUGUCUUCUCCUGUCCUAGUCUUUUAGGGAGAAGAACCAGCAUUAGCAUUACUUUUGUGUUUGGUGUGAAUAUUCAGUCAAUAAACAUGAUUUGCCAUUAUAAACAGUUGUGAUCUUUUCAAAUAUUCUAAAUGUAACACUGUACUGCUGAUUUCAGCUCAUAUUCUUGAAAGCAGGAUACCAGUAAGUUAACCAUAUUCCUGUGCUCAGGCCAUGAAUGAAUCUUUCCUUCUAUAAAGUGGUAGGAAACAGGAGGCCCCAAGGCAAGAAAUUUAGCAAGAGUAAAGAAAGUCAGUUUGGUAAUUCAUUUGUUAUGUACUUUAAUUUCUAAAACCUCAUUUUUAUUUUGCUUUGCUGUUUGGUUCAGAUAUCAACCACUGAAGCCAUAAUUUUAAACCAAUGAAUUUAAAUAUUCAGUAUAAGUAUUUGAAGUUUACUAGAUACAUUUAAAUUAUUUGCUGAUACCAAAACAAGAAGUCACUUGGGGGUAGAGUCAACCUCUGCUUGUAAUUAAAUUUGCUGCUACUUCUGUAAUGUGUAUUUUUUUUACUUGGUAAAGGACAAUAAAACCAUUAUACAAGGUC